AUGUCAGGGAAGUUCCGAGGAAGUAACAUCAAGUGGGGAAAUUCAACAGAGGGAAACGAGUCGAGGUACAAAAUGAAGUUGCGAGAAUCAUUAAGGAAUAGCCAACAGCCUGCUGAUACUGAGAACGAGAUCGUUAUGGAGACACGAAAGCGAGGACGAGGACCCUCGAAGAGGCCUUGCCUCAAUAGGAAUGCUUUGAUGGCUCGAGAGAAUCGACUUAGGAAAAAGGCGUAUUUAGAAAAAAUAGAGAAUAAGCUGUUGUUCUAUCAGCAGGAGAACAAGAGCUUGGCAAACAUUAUAAAAAAACAGACUAUAGAUAUUAAACGAUUAAGCGGCGAAGUUGCGUAUUUAAAAAGCGUACUGAACAACAACACCAGCAUUACCACAUUGUUGAAAACUAUCAACAAUGGUCUCCAGAGGAUUACCACACAAAAAAGAAAUUUGUUGUAUACAAAUUAUGACUCUGAACAUACGAAUACAUUGGAUGCUCAACCCAAAUGCACGUGUUAUACAAAUAUGAAGGAAAAUAUAUUAAAUUCACAAAAUACCAAUAUAUUCAUUACGAACGUCAAUAAUGACUCGUUAAUAGGACAUAGCACAACCGAGGAUCUAAACAGUGAAUCUUACAUCAACUCUCAGAAGCAAUUUACGUGCAAAAAUUCACCAGACGUUGACGAAGUCUCUUCGUCGUUUUUAGAUUCAGAUCAUACUUACACCAUUUCCAAAAGUCCAAUAAUCAAUGUUAAGAACAAUCUUCAGAAUAAGGAAGCAUUGCCUACCAGUUUAAUAUCUGAAGAUAAUUAUAUGGAUACAAAGGAAUUGGACGAUUUAUUACCAAUUGCUCAAGCAGAUUUGCCCAAUGCAGAUGAGAAAAAAGAUGCUGACGCCGUUGGUAUUGAUUUUGAUCAAUUGUCUUCUUUCAAUAUGGAUAUAUUUGAAGAUCUUCCGAAAUGUGACGACAUGAUGAAUACAGUUGAUAAAAAGCAAUGUAAAUGAUUAUUCUCAAAUUCCAAGACGACUAAAAACAUCCGGUCGUUUUACAUGUGCUACUGUUGCAAUUCUGUCAAAAGUUACUUGUUUAGCACUGCUUGUUUUAACCAUUCCCAAACGUGCUUUUGCCGGUAUGGUGGUUAAUCUUUCUGAGGCUAACAAAAAUAUUGCACAAAAAUUAAAAGAUAGAUGUGAUAGAAAAUAUAAAAAAUAUAUUGGAUACUAUGUAGAACUAUGUGCAUACCUAG